AUGAAGCUCGUACGCUUUUUGAUGAAGCUCAAGAAUGAGACAGUGACGAUCGAGCUCAAAAACGGCACACAAAAGGUCAAGAUGACAGUGAAGAAUCGCGAGCCGACUAGCUUGGAUACUCUUAGUCUGCGAGGCAGCAAUAUUCGGUUUUAUAUUUUGCCGGAUAGCUUGCCCCUGGAUACGCUGCUGAUUGAUGAUGCGCCGAAGCCUAAGGCGCGGAAGAGGGAUCCGGCGGCUGGUCCGGCGCUCGUGGUGGACGCGGUCGUGGUCGUGGCCGUGGUGGUCGCGGGGCUGGAAGAGGUGUGCGGCGUUGAUGGCGAUGUUGUAAGAUGA